GCUUUGCACGUGGGGGGCAGGUUCUGGCUCCCCGGGCUCCUGAGGCGGGAGAGCGGAUGAGCGCCGACGCCCCCAAAUUCCCCCAGCCCCUGGGGAGGGUCGUCAGCCCAUCUGGGUGGGAAGAGAAUAGACCAGGUGGCGUGAAGUGGACGCAGUUGGAGCACAGAGGACCGUGCUUUGCGCCCCCGUCCGAGCCCCUUCCCGCCGGAGUUCGCUUCUAUUACAGCGGAAAGCCUGUCGAGUUGAGUUUAGCAGCAGAGGAGGUCACCACGUUUUAUGGGAGGAUGUUGGAUCACAUGUGCACAGCAAAGGGAGUUUUCCAGAACAACUUCUUCAGUGACUGGCGGAAGGAGAUGACAGCAGAAGAGAGGAAAGUAAUCCAGCGCCUGGACAACUGUGACUUCACCGAGAUGCACAGGUACUUUGCGGACAGGACCGCCGCCCGGAAAGCCCUGUCCAGGGAGGAGAAGCAGAGGCUCAAAGAAGAGGCUGAGAAGCUUCAGCAAGAAUUUGGCUACUGUAUUUUAGAUGGGCACCGAGAGAAGAUAGGCAAUUUUAAGACUGAGCCCCCAGGGCUGUUCCGGGGCCGUGGCAACCACCCCGAGAUGGGGAUGCUGAAGAGGAAGGUCAUGCUGGAGGGCGUGACCAUCAACUGCAGUGGGGACUCAAGAAUACCCAAGCCCCCGGCAGGUCACCAAUGGGGGGCGGUGCGCUCCAACUGCACGGUCACGUGGCUGGCGGUGUGGACGGAGAACGUCCAGAACUCCAUCAAGUACAUCAUGCUGAAACGCAGCUCCAAGCUGAAGGGGGAGAGAGACUGGGAAAAGUACGAAGUGGCUUGGCGCCUGAAAGGGGCGGUGGGCAUGAUCCGUUCUCAGUACCAGGCCGACUGGAAGUCUCACGAGAUGAAAGCGAGACGUGCCGUGGCCCUUUAUUUCAUCGACAAGCUGGUGCUGCGAGCCGGGCACGAGAAGGAGGAGGGCGAGACAGCGGACGCGGUGGGCUGCUGCUCCCUCUGCGUGGAGCACGUCCAGCUGCACCUGGAGGCUGACAGCUGCCCAUACGUCGUGAAGUUCGACUUCCUGGGGAAGGACUCGAUCCACUACUACAACUGAGUGCCAGUGGGGAAGCCUGUGUACAAGAAUCUGCAGCUGUUCGUGGAGAACAAGGAGCCUGGGGACGAGCUCUUCGACAGACUGACUACUGCCAGCCUGAACAAGCACCUGCAGGACCCGAUGGAUGGCCUGACGGCCAAGGUGUUCUGGACCUACAAUGCCAGCGUCACCUUGCAGGGGCAGCUGCGGGCACUGACCAGAGCUGAAGACAGCGUAGCCGCUAAGAUCCUGUCUUAUAACCGUGCGAACCGGGCCAUUGCUGUUCUCUGCAACCAUCAGCGGGCAACUCCCAAGACCUUUGAGAAGUCAGUGCAGACUCUCCGGUCGAAGAUAGAGGCGAAGCAGCAGCAGGUGGUGGAGGCCAAGGCAGAGCUGGAGAAGGCAAGGGCCGACCACAGAGCCAGCGGGGACAGCAGAUCCAAGAGCUUCCUGGAGAAGAGGGGGCGGCUGCUGGAGAGACUGGAGGAACGGCUCCUGAGGCUGAGCACACAGGCCACGGACAAGGAGCAGCAGGUGGCCCUGGGCACGUCCAAGCUCAACUGCCUAGACCCUCAGAUCAGCAUCGCCUGGUGUAAGAGGUUCGGGGUGCCCGUGGAAAUUUACAACAAGGUGCAGAGGGAGAAGUUCGCCUGGGCUCUAGACAUGGCAGAUGAAGACUUUGAAUUCUAACGAGCAUCCCUCUGCCUCGUUGGAACUUUUUUUUUUUUCACUAUUAAAGCAGAUUGGGGAAUUUUGUUUAAGAAAAUUUCACUGCGAGUGUGUUCUGUGUCAUCACACAGGAGGUGGCUGAUGCCCAUGCCCUGUGCUUUGAAAUGUGUCCCCUCCCCCAGCUGGUGCCCUUUUUCAGGGUUUCUGCAGAGGGACGGGCUGGAGGCUGUGCCCACUCGGCCUGGCUGGGAGCUGG